AUGUCAUUCCUCAAAACACUCUUCAAAGAGAGCGGUGUCAAGAACGUCGUCACCCUCUUCCACGCACCUUCCACCGCAUCCUCUGUCCGCGCCCUCACGAUUAUCAAGCAACAUAAUGCCAAUGCUGUAGCCACUGCGACUGAAGACCAAGCUUCAGACCAUAGCACACAGCCAAAGACUGGCCAGCACGAAUAUGAUCUGGAGGUUCGCGAGGAGGCACCAACGUCGGACCAGCUAAAGAGCAUUUUGGGCUAUAUCGGGGCAGAGAAUGCUGGAAAGAUCGUUAGUGGAGCUAUGGGCGUGACAGAUGCACUAAAGAAGGUUCAGCAGGAUGGAAAGGCGUUUCAAAGACCCAUUGUUGUGGACUGGAACUCAGGAAAAGCUGUUAUUGGUGACAAUGAAUCUGAAAUCUUGAAGUUGCUGAAGGAAGCUACUCAGGAAAAGUAG